AAAAACAUUAAUGGAUUUUAAUCAUGUUUGUCGGCGACUAUGUUUUGAUUUGUAAAUUUGAUUUUACUUGUAUAAAUUGCAUGAAUAAAAAGUAAUUCCCCUUUGAUAUCAAGAGUGAAUCACGAUUUGAUCAUUACAUUUGUGGAACUGUAAGAGGUGAAAUGUUUCGCUAUCUACUGAUAAUAUUUUUUAUGGUUCAUCAUAUUUCUUGUCAAGAUGAACAGUUAUUCACAUCAAAUAUAUUACCCAGAAACAACAAUUCAAAUUAUCUGGAUUUUCAAGGCAAUACCUAUUUUUUCAACACUGAAUAUGAGACGAAUCUAUAUGAAUCGAUACGAUAUUGUAAGCAGCUCAAAAUGGAGCUGGUUAGCAUCGAAAGUGCGUCUGAAAAUGAUAGACUAGGACUGUACAUAAUAGAGCGAGGAUUACAAUCUCGAAGAUUUUGGACGUCAGCGGUAAAUAUGGUUGAUGGCGGUAAAUGGGUCUGGCUAUCGACUGGUGAAUAUAUUAAAUACUUCAAUUGGGAUGCAGGUGAACCAACUGGUACUAUUCCACUAGUAUCUAGCUAUGAAAAUUGCAUUCAAGUUCGCCAUGAAGGAAACAGAGGAUUUACAUGGAAUGAUCUGAAUUGUGGAAAGAAAAAUUUUGCUAUCUGUGAGAAACCAUCCAAAUGUACUUGUUCCACAGUGAGGGGUGUUUAAGUUUCGGUGCUUUGGAUCAAUAGUUAACUUUACAUAAAUCAAUUUUCUCUUAUUCUAUGUUUGUUUAUUCAUAAAUAUGCUUAUUCCUUAA